AUGUGGAGAAAAAAACAUUGAUCUGAAGAAACUGCUCAUGCGCGAGAAACAUCAAAACAAGCACAAAGCCAGCUGUCAAAUCGUUGCAACACCGGUGAACAUUACACAAAAUGUGUUACUAGGCUUUUAGACGUAUCUUCUAUUGGAGACCGGAUGUGGUGAUCAAAGCGUUUAUUUACCAGAUAGAUCACAUCCACCCAGCGCAGAGUUGACCAUCUGACUCACUGUGUCACUGCCUCGGUCAUGGACACAGGUUCAGUAGCAGGUAGGACCAGUUCGGUCUCCGAAGAGAUGGAGGGGAUAUGUGUGAUGCCAGAUAUUAGCAACAUCAAGUCAGAACACCCGGGUGGGAAUGUGGACGACACAGGUGCACAGAACGUGGCCAUGGGGAUCAAGUUCAUCCUGCCCAACCGCUUUGAUAUGAACGUGUGCUCAAGGUUCGUCAAGUCACUCAAUGAGGAGGACAGCAAAAACAUCCAGGACCAGGUCAAUUCCGACUUGGAGGUGGCGUCUGUUUUAUUUAAAGCCGAGUGUAAUAUUCAGACGUCGCCCUCACCAGGGAUACAAGUGCGUCAUGUUUACACCCCAUCCACCACCAAACACUUCUCCCCCAUCAAACAGUCGACAACACUCACCAACAAGCACCGUGGAAACGAGGUGUCCUCCACUCCUCUUCUGGUCCACUCCCUGUCCAUUCACCAGCUGGCAGCACAGGGAGAAAUGGUGUUCUUGGCCAGCAGGAUUGAACAAGGUGGCAAUGUCCCUCAGGAGACAGUGAUUAACCUGCAGGAUGAGGAAGGCUUCACACCCCUAAUGUGGGCCGCAGCACAUGGACAGAUAGCUGUCGUAGAGUUCCUGCUCCAGAACGGAGCGAACCCCAACCUGUUGGCUAAAGGCAGAGAGAGCGCUCUGUCUCUGGCCUGCAGCAAGGGAUACACAGACAUCGUGAAGAUGCUCAUCGACUGUGGGGUGGAUGUCAAUGAAUAUGACUGGAACGGAGGGGUUCCCGUUCUCUAUGCUGUCCAUGGAAACCAUUUGCGUUGUGUGGAAAUUCUCCUAGAAAGUGGCGCCGACCCCACCAUUGAGUCUGACUCUGGCUUCAACGCUAUGGAUAUGGCUGUGGCAAUGGGCCAUAGGAAUGUUCAACAGGUGAUGGAGGCCCACCUACUGAAGCUGCUGAUGGGGAUCAGAGAGUAACCCACUAACCUGGGGCACAAGAGGAGGGACUGCCUGUGAAUAUAAAUACAGUGGACACCAUAAAGAAAAGAGAAAUAAGGCUGAGGAUGAUUGUGGAUCAUGUUUGAGACUGUUAUCUGUUAGGGUGAAGCACAGGUGUGAAUGGUUUUGAUGAAGCAUGUGAGUAUUUAUGGAGACAUGCAACUCAAAUGUGUCAGUUUCAGGCCAUCGUUUUGGAUAGAUGCCCUUUCCUUUGAGUUUAGUUUGUUACAAUGUAAAUGCGUUUUGAGCCAAAUGCUAAUGUAAGAAAGUAGUGCUUAAAUCCAAACGUCUGCUCUAAUCAUGCAUUGAUAUCAAUGGAAGAUUUUUGUGAAAGUUUAAGUGCACACUUCAUUUGAGGAUUUUGCUCCUCAAGUAAUGGGUAAACACUAUAAGUUGGGAUGAAAUUAAGUAGAUCAAAUGGAUUGCUUUAGGAAAAAUGUGUGGAUGCUUCUAGAGGUAGGAUGUUUUUAUUUAUGAUUGACUUACAUUGGAGAAAAUGGGUUGUUUUCAAUCAAAAUGGUGAAGGAAAAAGGAAACCGCACACUGCUCUUGAUAUUAUCACUGAUAUUUAAUAAGCUUACGUAUCGGCCUCACGGCCAUUGUCAGAGCUUUUGUGAUUUAAAAAAAAAUGAGCACCCUCAUGUAGACCUAGCCCAACCCACAUCCGUUCCACACAUCGAAAGGGGUUGGAGGCAAAGGGAAAAACAUAAGUGCUACCAAAUAUAACAAUAUGGAUUUCAUAAAUAUUACAGAAGUGUAUAAAAAAGAUGUAUUAAACACGUCUGUAAAACCACAAUGAGGACAUAGCAAGUUUUCAUUAAUCAUUGGGUACAUCGUACAAAAAAUAUCAGAGUAAUCUUAAAUAGGCACAUAAUUCAUGCUCAAAUUCACAACAUAACAUACAUAGGCAUUUCAUCAUUAAGUCCUUUAGGAAAUAAUGUCUGGAGUGUGAAAAUCCCAAAACAUUUUCUUUUACUCAGAGUAUUAUUAAUAUCACCUCCCAUGUCUGAUAUCUUAACUUUCUCUAUGCCACAAAAUCUAAAGGUGGAAAUGUCAUGCUUUAGGUCAUUAAAAUGUACUGCGACUGGAUAAUCCCUGUCGUUAAUCCUGAUUGAAUUUUUAUGUUCACUAAUUCUCUGUUUGAGAGAGCGGGAGGUUUUACCGACAUAGCAAAGCCCACAUGGACAUUAAAUAAUGUAAAUAACAUGGGUGGUGGAACACGUAAUGUCAUUUAUUUGGAACCGUUUUCCUGUGUGUGGGUGGCAGAAAUAUUCAUACUUCAUCAUAUUGUUGCACUGUGCACAUCCUCUGCAAUCAAAAUGGUAAAAAAUAAACAGCUUAACAAGAGCACUUUCUCAAUCAAAAAUGUUGCUAGGACUGUCUGAGAGUGGUCUAAGUGGGGAGGGGGAAACUAGCUGUUAUUGGCAGAGAGGUUUGGAACUACUUCUUAUUCCAUUAAUGGAUUUACCGCCUAGUGAUGUCAUAGGCAGGCAAAAACUCCAUCCCACCAAAACAGGCUGAAAUUUCAGGUAGUCUUUUCAAACAACUCUUACACUACAAUUGCAUAAUUUUCACAGUAUUAUUCCAACCUCAAUGUGGAAAGAUAUAUUAAACACAGGAAAAUCAUGUUUUUGCCUGCACUGGGCCUUUAAGCCUUUAACAUACCACCCAAGGGUAAAUAAGUGUUAAAUAUUGCUGGUGCUGCUUUUUUGUUACUUGUAAAUAAACUUUUUUUUUAUCACAGUUUACAAUGUUAAUAAAAACAAUCUUGAGAGGGAUAAUCCACCCCGUAAAUAAUAACCUUGAACUCCUGUCAAUUUGGUGAAAUCCUAUGUUCUAUCAAUAGGUAACAUGACUUUCCCCGUGAUUUAGCUUCUAACUGGUCUAUGUGAAAUCAGGAAAUAGUGUAGUAAUGCAUCAUAGCUACAAUAAAGACAGUACAGUAAGAAGAUGGGCAGAAACUGGUUCGCCGAUAAAAUCCUUGAUACCACUUGGCUAGCUAAACUCAUGCGCAGAAACACGUUAUUGGGUUGUGCCUCGCACAAGUGCAUGCCGUCAAGUCAAAGGCACUCAAAUAAAAUUGUAUAUGUCACAUGCACAUAAUGCUUGUGUUCAUAGCUCCAGUGCAGUAGUAUCUAACAAAACAAAGUUGCUUAGGAGCAAGAAGCAGAGCUGCCAUGUCUGUCAUCUCCUUCGAUCUAAAGUUGUUUUUUUACGAAAAUGAAAACAUGUCAGUUGGUCACUUUACCGAGGUUGGGGUAAUAACAUGUUCAAAUACUUAAGACAUUGUCUCGAUUCUAGGUUGUGCCUUUAAAUUGAGAAAAUUAACUAAGGAAGAAUUUGUGAUUUCUCAUUGACUUCUCAAACCCCGGCCUGGUCUGCUUGUCAAGCGUUCCCGGAAGUCUUGUGAUGUUGCGCCUCAGUUUAUAAACUCAAUGUACUAGAUAGGGGAUAACACACUAUUCAAUUUCAUAACAUUUAAACUAUUACCUGCACUCCAGAUCGUCAAAUCAGUCAAUAUAUGGUAUGGGCAUAUUUGUCUAGAACACAGUCAUCCGUUUAUAUCAUGACAAAGUAUAUAUUACGCUUAGAUGUGCUCAAUCUAAACUGCACCAAAUGAUUCAAUUACAUUUUUCCUUCAAAUAUCAUCUCGGGCCAUUGUUGCCAUACCAACGUACUCUGCACUCACUCUGGGCAGAGACGAACUGUAAACUGAACUCUUGAGAUACUCUUAAAUGUGUUUAGGUGAUUAUACAGCAAGCAAGUUACAUAACAUGCUGAUAUUGACUUAACAGUUGAAGUCGGAAGUUUACAUAAACUUAGGUUGGAGUCAUUAAAACUCGUUUUUCAACCAUUCCACAAAUUUCUUAACAAACUAUAGUGUAGCGACCCGCACAGACAGCGGUGUGUUAUGUGUUAGGCUAUUAGUGGGUUGUGUUGUACUUACCAGUGUUCGCGGGGUCCGAUAUGCCAAUCAACCUACUAUCUGCCAAUCACGGAAAUGCCUGGAAUGUUCUGAUGCCGGGCAUCCUGGUGGUUGGCGGAGGGGGGUUGGGCAGGGGAAUGGAGUAUUGGAAGUUAAAACCAGAUUUAGCCAUUGUUCUUUCUCUUAUGUCUGGCCUUCACAAGAGAAGGUCGUGGUUGGCUUGUGGGGUAUCUUUCAUUUAUUUGGCGUGGGCUACGGCCAAACAGCAGCCUGUGUAAAGUUGGGUUAAUAAACCGUCAAUUCGUAAACUCAA